UCACUCAUUUCUCUCUGUCUAUCGUUCAGUCAGUUCAUUGACCUGCUCUCUGUUUUCUGAACGAUUCUCUCAUGUAGAAGAGCGCUGAAGAUCUCAUCAUGUCUUGUCUCUUCUGGAACAUUCUGUGUGUGUUUCUAAUUCACUGUGUGUCGUCAGAGGUCUUCCUCCAUACUCAAGAUGCCAAUCAGGUGUUAAGUCGACAUCGGCGUGCCAACACCAUGUUUGAGGAGAUGAAGCAGGGAAACAUGGAGCGAGAGUGUGUCGAGGAGCGCUGUAGUUAUGAGGAGGCCAGAGAGAUCUAUGAGGACGACCAAAAAACGAAGGAAUUUUGGAAUAAAUAUGUCGAUGGUGAUGCGUGUUUGUCUACCCCGUGUCUCAAUGAUGGUGUGUGUAAAGAUGGGAUUGGCCCGUACACCUGCUUCUGUACUGCAGGGUAUAAAGGAUACAACUGUGAGAUUGUGAUUCCGAAACUCUGUGAGAGUGAAAACGGUGGCUGUGCCCAUUUCUGUAAGGUGGACAAAGGGAAAGUCGUCUGCUCUUGUGCUAAUGGAUACACGCUGAGCUCCAAUGGGAAGUCCUGUCAAUCUGAUGAUCCAUUCAAAUGUGGCGUUGUGUAUCCUGAGAAGACCAGAACAAUCUUCAUAUACACACCAAGCAUCACCGACACUGAAAACACUGACGAAUCGAACUCCGAGACUCCAGUCAACAGUGACAUCGAGACAGUGGACAUGUCAAACUCGAGCAGUCACUCCAGUCUUGACGAGCCAGACAUCAAGAUAGUGAACGGGUCAAAAAACACGCCUGUUAAUGACACCACCAGCCUCUUCGGUUAUCAGGAGCCAGAGGCUGAGAAUCUAGUGAAUGAAUUGCUUCAUGAAGAAGAAAUAUUUGUUGAAAAGAAAAUUGUGAAUGGAGUGGACUGUCCUCCUGGAGAAUGCCCAUGGCAGGCUCUUCUCAUUAAUGAGGAUGAUGUGGGUUUCUGUGGCGGCACCAUUUUAAAUGAGUACUUCAUCCUCUCCGCCGCUCACUGUAUGAAUCAGAAUAUCUCCAUCAGAGUGAUUGUGGGUGAGUUUGACAGGCUGCACAAAGAGGGUCGUGAGUCAACACACAAUGUAGACCAGAUACUCAUCCACAUGAACUUCAUCCCUGAAACCUACCAUAACGACAUCGCCCUCAUUAAACUCAGCAAGCCAAUCACAUUCACCAAAUACAUAAUUCCCGCCUGCAUACCAGAGCGUGAUUUUGCAGAGCGCGUGCUGAUGCAACAAGACACCGGGAGAGUGAGCGGUUUCGGCCGUUUGCAUGAAGGCGGUCUUCAGUCCACCAAACUCCAGAGAUUAGCAGUGCCGUACGUCGAUCGUGCGAAAUGCUUAGAGUCCAGCAGUUUUAAAAUCUCCAGUCGCAUGUUCUGCGCCGGUUACGACCAGGAAACCAAAGAUGCAUGUCAGGGUGACAGCGGCGGGCCACACGUGACGCGCUACAAAGACACGUGGUUUGUCACAGGUGUGGUGAGCUGGGGCGAGGGAUGUGCACGGAAGGGCAAGUAUGGAAUCUACACGCAGGUGUCCAAGUACAUCAAAUGGAUCUAUAAUGCAAUGGAAAAAGUAAUGCCACAAACAGAAAGUCUGAUAAUGCCGAAAGUCAAGAGAGAGCUGCUGAAGAAGACGCAGAAGAGUUUGAUACGAAGAGUUUGAUACGGAUACGUUAAAGUCAACAUGAAAUCAAAAUCAACACUAUUUACUUUCUGAAUACAAAUGAUUGAGUGAAUCAUCAGUACAUUCAAAAGAAACGACUUAAUCAAGCCCUCUUAUGUUUCAACGUCCUGUCAUAUAGAGACACUUUUCACCACCCAAUACAUUUCCAGUGGAUAAAAUCAAGUCCCGCCCUACAUUUGUUCUCACUGAAUAUUCUGUUUCACUCAGAAAUGCGUCACAUUACGCAAGUAAAAUGGGUUGUGAACGCUGUUUCAUGUUGACUUUAAAAAUCCAAAUGAGACAUUUACAGUGUUGGGUAAGUUACUCAAAACUGUAAAUUACCAGUUAUUAAUUACUUUACUGAUUACUUCAGCGAAAAACUAAUCACAUUACUAAUUACUUUUCUUUUAAGCUACUUUCUAAAACACUUUUCACAGAAAAGUUCCUCUCAACGAGUUCAAAAUAAUGUCUAUAUUUUCUCACACACUCUUUAAUUGUUACAAAUGUAAACAGACGUAUAUAUGAAUAUAAUUCCUAUUUUACAGUACAUGUAUUAUACAUUAAUAUCAUUGUAGUAACAUGUGUAACACUAGUUAUGUACCUAAAAAUAAUGACCUUUAUUGAAAGUCAGUAACGAUAUCUGAUUACAAGAACUUAAAAUGUAAUGUGUUACUCACCUUUUGAUUAAAAGUAGUUAGAUUACAAUAACGAAUUACUUUGUAAUUAGAUCACACCCAACACUAGAUGUUGCACAAUUGUAAAAAAGAAAGUACUCAGUGAUUUUGUGUUUUAUUGAUUUGAUUCAUCUGUUUCUGUAAUAUUCAGAUGUACGAUAAGUGCACUUAAACUGAGGUAUUUUCAGAAAUAAACUUUAAAGACUUGUCAACAA